AGGGACUGCCGGAUACCCUGAUGACCUAUGGUCAGAUGAGAUUGUACACACAGUGGUAGUUGACAUCUAGGCGUGCGUGCAACUACUGUUGGGAAACUCAUAAACCAACGCAAUGCUGAACGUGGAAGUAUGGAUUUCGAGCAUUCUAUUGCUAAAUGCAGGUACCCUUUGUGAUGAGGUAGUGGACAUGUGCAACCCCAGCCCUUGUGAGAACGGGUCUCAGUGUCAGAGCCUUGUGGGGGGCUAUGUGUGCCACUGCUCCCAGCAAAGCCUUGAUGAGUUCCUGUAUGGGGGCCGGAACUGCAGCGAAGCGUUGGUGGGCUGUGAGGGCCAUGAGUGUCAGAACCAGGGCUCAUGCUCUCCAUUCCUAAGUGACGGGCAUCAUGGCUACUCUUGCCACUGCCCCCCAGGCCACACCGGGCUUCUCUGCCAGACCCGCACAGCCUUCUCCUUCGAGCAGAGCGGCUACCUGUUAUUGCGGAGCCCCAUGAUGUCCACAGAGGCCUCCUACAACAUCACCCUGAGUUUCCGGACAGUGCUGCCUAGGGCCGUCCUCUUCCAGCGGGGCAGUGGAAGGCUGAUCCUGGGUCUGGAGCUGUUGGGGUGCCAUCUGAGUCUCAGCCUGAGGAGGGAGGCCUCAGCUGGGGGUAGGGCAGAGGCCCUGCAACUUAGCCAGACACUGGAGCUCCCCCUUAAUGUGACUGAUGGGAGGUGGCACUCUGUGGAGGCCGUGCUGGGGGACGGCCUACUCAGCCUCAGGCUCCUGGAUGGCGGGGUCUGUCAGGAACAGGACUGUGAGAGGGAAGCCCAGGUCGCAGACACUCUGGCUGGGACAGACUCUUCAGAGUCUCCCCUCCAGAACACCUUCAUCGGUGGGGUGGUGGAGGAAGGUGUGGUUCUGGUCACGGUCCCGGCCUUCAUCGGCUGUCUGCAGGACAUAUUUGUGAACUCCCAGCUGGUGGUUCCGGAGGAGUGGCUGAGCGACUCGGUGAACAUGACUAUAGGCUGCAGCCACAGAGACAGAUGCCAAGACAGCCCCUGUCAGAACAGAGGACAGUGCACCAACCUGUGGCAGAGCUACCAGUGCCGGUGCCGGCCAUAUGAAGGCCAGGACUGCGCUGAGGAGUAUGAGACGGCCCGCUUCGGCAAUGAGGACUCUCAGAGCUACGCCGUUUUCACCAUCACAGAUGAUGCAGGAAGUGACAUCACUGUCUCCCUCUUUCUGCGCACACACCGCCACGCUGGCCUCUUGUUGGUGCUCGCCAAUAGCACCAGCCAAUACCUGCGCCUGUGGCUGGAUAAGGGGCGGGUCAGAGUUCAGCUCCAUAACUUUGAGACCUUGACCAGUGAGAGUUUGGUUAACGAUGGGGACAUCCACUUUGUGAGCGUGGUUGUGGACCGUGAGCAUUUGGUCCUAUACGUGGCCAACCAGAAGCAGGGCUCGGUGGAGGUCAGGACGGUGGACAGUCAGAUGGGGGAUGUGGUGUAUGUGGGGGGUCUGGCAGAGCAGAAGGCGUCAUCAGCAUUCGGGGGCUACUUUAAAGGCUGUAUCCAGGACCUGAGGAUCAACAGUGAGAGACUGCAGUUCUUCAGGCUGGACACCACAGUGACAUCAUAUCCUCUGGUGCUCAUGGCUAAUGUCACGGCGGGCUGCGCUGGGGUCGACUCCUGUAGUAGGAACCCUUGUCAGAAUGGGGGGAUGUGCUACUCCAUGUGGGGUGACUUCACCUGCACCUGCCCCCACAACACUGCAGGGCGGCACUGUGAGAAAGUCAAGUGGUGUGAGCUAGCCCCCUGCCCCGCAAAGGCGGAGUGCCGCACCCUCAACCAGGGAUACGACUGCUUCUCCAGCGCUACCUUCCUUGACGACAGCAGUGUACUGUCUUACCGCGGUAAUGGCCGUAUCCAACGUGGCCUGGCCAGCAUCACCGCCAGCCUGCGCACGCGUAAACGCCACGUGGCCAUCCUGCAUGCCGAGCGCGGGCCGGAGUUUGUGACGGUGUCUGUGCAGCAUGGCCUUCUCUUCUUGGAGCUACAGAGCGGGGAGGGCUCGUCCACGGUUUCCCUGAAAAGCCGCGUGGGGGUCAGCGACGGGGAUUGGCACAGCGUCCACCUCUUCAUGGUCACCCCAUGGGCAGAGGUGUCCCGCUGGACCCUAGUGCUGGAUGAGGAAGUGGAUGAAGCUGGGAGCUCCAGCAGCGAAGGGGGCAACCUGGACUUCCUCAGGGAGGGGGUGGACAUCCAGCUGGGGGGGCUUGGGCCCAAGGCUGGCUGGAGCCUAGAGGGUUGCCUGGGUACUGUGGAGGUGGGGGGCAUCGCCCUGCCUUACUACAGCCCCUUAGAGGUCAACCUGCCCCGGAUUCAGGAGGAGCAGUUCCUCCGGACAUCCCCCAACCCACCCCGUAGCGGGUGCAGUGGAGGCCCGGUGUGCCAGCCCAGCCCUUGCAUGAAUGGAGGUAGCUGUCAGGACCUCUGGAACCUGUUCAACUGUAGCUGUGAGGAGGGCUGGACCGGACGCCGUUGUGAGCGUAACACAGACACCUGCGCCUCCAAUCCCUGUAUCCAUGGCAACUGCAGCAUUCAGGGGCUGGCAUAUGAGUGUGCCUGUGAGUUUGGCUACACCGGGGUGGACUGUGAGGAGGAGGUGGAUGUGUGUGAGAACCAUCUAUGCGCUCAUGGAGGCACGUGUCUACAUGGAGUGGACAAGUACGCCUGUCUGUGUGCAGAGAACUACACCGGACCUUACUGCAAUGAUCGCAUUGAGGAAAUGCCAUGGUACAUAGACAUCAGAAAAUUUAGGCCCAAGCUGCCCGUGUCUGUCUGUGGAGAUGCGGCCAGAAACUACAUCUGCUUCAACGCAGGGAACUGCACUGAGAGGGACCUGUCUUGCGACUGUCUACCCGGCUUCACAGGACACCGCUGUGAGCAGGAGGUGGAUGAGUGCAAGUCCAACCCCUGCCUGAACGGGGGCUACUGCCGAAACCUCAUUAACAACUACCACUGUGUGUGUGACAUGAGUUUCGCCGGGGACAAUUGCCAAGUCGACUUGACCUCUGAGGGCCUAACCUCUGAGGUACAUGGAGGUACUGACCAGGGCCUAACCCCUGUUGCUGUCAGUCACUCUAGUGUCUGUUGUGCUGCUGCUGGCCCUGGUCAGUACCUCCAUGGACCUGAUGGCGCUGAACCGGUGGCGCUGAACCGGAUGGCCAUCCACGGCACCUACAGCCCCAGCCAAUAGGAGAAAGAGUGAUCUCGCAUAGAGAUGUGGACAUAGCCCAUCCGACACUCAUGGAGAGACUCAUAUAGAAGACUGGGGCCAGUUCCAAACCCACCACUCAACACUGUCCUGACAUUUUUCCAUUGAGAGACUCAUAUAGGAAACACACUCACUGGCCUGGACCCAGUUUCAAACCCAUCACCCAACAUGGCUUUUCCAACAGUCUUGAAGGUGUUCCCACAUAAUGCUGAGCACUAGCUGUUUUUCCUUCAUUCUGCAAUCUAACUCAUCCCAAACCACCUCAAUUGGGUUGAGGUCGGCUGAUUGUGGAGGCCAGGUCAUCUGAUGCAGCACUCCAUCACUCUCCUUCUUGGUCAAAUAGCCUUACACAGCCUGGGAGGUGUGUUGGGUCAUUGUCCUGUUGAAGAACAAAUAUUAGUCCCACUAAGCGCAAACCAGCUGGGAUGGCGUAUCACUGCAGAACGCUAUGGUAGCCAUACUGGUUAAGUGUGCCUUAAACUCUAAAUAAAUCACUGUCAGUGUCACCAGCAAAGCACCAUCACACCUCCUCCUCCAUGCUUCACUGUGGGAACCAAACAUGCGUAGAUUAUCCAUUCACCUACUCUGCGUCUCACAAAGAUACGGCGAUUGGAACCAAAAAUCUCAAAUUUGGACUCAUCAGACCAUCAAACGGUGGCUACUUUGAAGAAGUAGCCACCGUCUCAAAUAUAAAAUAUAUUUUUAUUUGUUUAACACUUUUUUGGUUACUAUAUGAUUCCAUAUGUAUUAUUUCAUAGUUUGGAUGUCUUCACUAUUAUUCUACAAUGUCAAAAAUAAAGAAAAACCCUUGAUUGA